UCUUUCACUUCAACUCUCAAACAAAGUCUUCUUCGUUUCGAUCUUUGUGUAUUCUACUCUUCACCCUGAGAAAAAUGGAGGAGGCACUUAGGAGACUUAGUGGGAUAACCCAUUUAACAGAAUGUGACCCAAGAGAUACCAUCGCUGACCACAGCCCAACCACCACAACUGUUACUACCAGUACCAUCUCCACCAACAACAAAAGGACUUUAAAAGAAAGCGGUAAUGUUGGCAGUGGAACCAUAAGGUACCGUGGGGUUCGCCGUAGGCCGUGGGGUCGCUAUGCUGCUGAGAUACGGGACCCUCAGUCUAAGGAGAGGCGUUGGCUGGGGACCUUUGACACGGCGGAGGAAGCUGCGUGUGCCUAUGACUGCGCAGCUCGAGCCAUGCGUGGUUUCAAGGCUCGUACAAACUUUGUUUAUCCGGUUACUGAGCAUCUCUCAAUGCCUGAUCAUCUCCUCCCUGCGUUUAAUUUCUCUAUACCGCUACAGCCGUCUGUUAGAGAUUUACCUUCUCGCCAAUUUAACCCUUCUUCUCACUGGUCAUCUUGCGCUAAUCCUCAUGUUGCGGAUCAUCCCUUCUCUCCUGAACAGAAGAAUUCCUCACUUAAUAUGUUACUUUUACGUGACUUCUUGAAUUCUUCUUCGAAUUCUUCUUUGUAUACACCUACUCAAUCUUUAUAUGACCAGUUUCCUUGUGUUAACAACUCGUCUUCUUCUAAUCUUAGCGCUUUCCCUGGAGGUUCUUUGAUGAUGAAUAGUCCCUAUCGUCAUACCUUCAAAUGUUCCAGUGAUAUGAAUACUAAUGUAUCAUCCGAUACUUACUCAGGUUCUUCCAUGACUUUUCCUCUGAAUGAAAAUCGUCAAGGGUAUGAUAAUACCACCAUAGGCUCCACCAAAAUUACUUCUGUUCAAAGUGAUUGCACGGAAUUCUUGCCACAAGAGCCUUCAGAUUCUGGCUUGCUACAAGAAAUCAUUCAAGGGUUCUUCCCAAAACCUCUGUCGAGGAAAUGUGAUGAUUCUUCGGAAAUUUGUUCAAAUUACAACGAAGGGUCGGCUGGUGCUCCACCGCCGUCUGAUGUUUCGGUUAAUCAUUCACUGGAUGGAUUCAAGAGGGGGCUUGAAAAUGAGAAUUUGGGUUUCUACUUUGACUUCCAAGAUGGUCCUCAUCAACGGUUCGAGAAUUGCAAUGAAGUUUCUGGAUCUCAGGUGACGCCGUACCUGCAAGUGGGUGCAGAAUCCAUCACUAUUGAUGAUAUAUGUCAGUAUCCAGAACUUUUGAGUGCCUUGGCAGCUAGGGUUCAGAAUGUUUAACCUCUGAGUGUUGUGGAAAAGUCUAUUUAAGUUAUGCUCUAAUCUAAUUAGUUGGGUCUGGAGAUGAAUAUUGCUACUGAUCAUUGCUGCUUGUAGGGCUUUGGAUAUUUGGUUUCUGUAUUAGUUUAUAUCCAUAU